GAAAACCCAGUAGCUUCUUCUGUGCUUGAAACAAGGUACGGAAAAUAUGUUCAAUACAUACACAAACUCAGUUCUAUGGCCGAUUCGAAGUAGAAAUCACCAAGAUUACUGCUCUUUGCUUCCUGAGAGAUCUGAAAGUUACCAACUUUCUAAAGUAAAAGCAUCGUCGAAAUGUUACUGUGUUAGUUCUCGCUCAAGCUGUUGCUGUUGUUGUUCAACACCAUCUUCUUCUUCAUUUGUUAAGCCUAAGGUAUUGAUAAACCCUGGAUUUGUGCUUUAUGGGAUUAGACAAUCUACGCUUAUUCAGUGGCCUUCGUUUCAAAGGAGGUUGCUUGUGGGUGGGAAUAGGCUUAUGGGUUGUGAGGUUUAUUCUCCUUGUGAUAGUAUAAGAAGGAAAAAUCGGAGCUUUAAGCUUAGGGGUAUGGAAGAAUCUGAUGAAUGUUGUGGGAGUAGAAGUUGUUCAGAUGAUGUAGAAGCUAUGAUUUCGUUUUUAAGUGAGGAAUUGAUAGAUGAUGAGAGGAAGUGGAAUUUGGUUAGUAGAGUUGAAGAGAGGAAGAAAGUGGGGAAUGUGAGAAAAAUUAGUGUUGAAGGAAGAGAUAGUUGUGGGAAUGGGAGAGUUUCUCGAAGAAACGAGCGGGACGGAGUGAAGAGACCUGAGGGGUUUGGUAAGCGAAAUGGGAUUAAGGAAGAUGUGAAGUUACAGGAAAGAGAUGAUUGUGAACAUUGUGGGAGGGGAAAGAAAAGUUCUCAGUUGGAGAGUGAAUCUAGGCGUGGUUCUAAAUUGGUUUCUGGUGAGUAUAUUGGGAAAAGUUAUACGGGGAACGAAGAAAGAAAAGUUCGACCGAUAAGGAAAAAGAGUUCGAGUUGUUCAUCGUAUUAUUCCCUUGCUUCUUCAGGGGAGUUUGAGAGUGAUACUGAAGAUCAGGAGGAGGAUGUGGAGUUUUAUCGCGAAAACGUGAGAAAUUCAGAGAAGAAGGUUGUUGAACAGUCAGCCAAAGGAUUGAAAUCUAGAAAGGAAGCCACUCAGGUGCAUUUGAGGAAAAUAAGAGAUGAGAGCUCUAAUAGAGUGGAUUCAAGGUAUCAGAAGCAGGUUUUUGAGGAAGGGGAAAAUUCAAAUCAGGCAGUGACUUUGAACCAGAGAAGAAGAAAGAAGUUUAGUCAAACUGGUAAUAGAGUGUCUGAAUCGAUGGGACAUUAUGAAGAAGAUAUGGAAAUUCAUGAGAUCCAUGUCAACGAUGCAGAGACUAGUUCUCAAAAUCAAAAGCUCAUUGGUGAAAAGGAGGACUAUAGAGUCCACUCAAUCCGUAAUGAUUCUGGAAACGAAAACAUUGAGAGUUCUCAGCAGCUAUUGAAGGAAAGAUCGGAGAUUCGUUAUAGCAGUGAGGAUAGAUUAUCUGAAAUGCGAAGAAGAACCAAAUAUAGCAAUAGCCAGGAGGAAGGUAUAAAUGUGCUCCAAAAUUUUCCAGAGGCGACAAAUGAUCAGCAAACUGUAGUGGAAGAAAGGAUAUCUAAGCAAGCUGGUAGGAGAAGGACUACCGAACACUUUUCUGAAAGUUCAGAAAUACAUGACAUAGACAUCAGAAAUACAUAUGUCUCACAAAGCGAAGACCAGAUUAGAAACCAAGAAGUACAUGCUGGCUUGAUUUCUGGUUUGCAAUCUGAAAGGAAGCAGGAUGAUUAUCAUAUUGAACAUAAUCCCUUGCAAAAGAUGCAAUCUGACAGAACUUCCGUGUCUGUAUCUCAUACCAGUGAUGCAGUAAGGUAUACUGAAAUUCAGAGAAACUCUGAGAAGAGGCUGAUUGGUCAAGGAAGUACUACGAUUGUGCAACCGGACAGCAAAGUAGAAAAAAGUGGUGCUUGGAAAGAAGACUCUAGGCUAGAUGUUGCUAACUUGAAAAAAGAAGGUCAAACGACCUUAGGGUUGCAAAGUUAUCAGUCAAAGCUAUCUGAAGAGGCCUCAAGUUCACAAUCAUCUUUGAUGGUCUCACGAAACAAAUUACAACUGGUAGAUCUGGUUUCAGAGGAAAUGCAAGGAUCUGAAACAACACUGAUUCCUCCUUCUUCUCAGCUGGUAAGCAGAAGAUCAGGACAAAGCUAUGGAACUGGUGGAGUUUCCAUUCAAGAAAUUUCCCAUGGAACUUCAGAAAGUGGUUAUCCUACAGCCUUUGAACAUCCAAGAGCAGGAGCUUCUGUUAAUAGUCAGUCUGCUGGAGAACUGAUGGGAUUUACAUCACAUGAAGAUGCUAUGGGUUCUGCUCAUCGGUUGGAACAGUCAUCAGAGAAAUAUGUUGGGGAGUUUGUGAAAAAGGCCAAACAUGAAGUUAUAAAUCCAGAGACUGAGAAGCAAAGAGCUGAAAGCAAUCAAUUGAAGAGGCGGGACUCAAGGCGAUCAUCUGGUGGUUCAGGAGCAAAGGGACCUUCAGAUGAAAUGUGGGUAACGGAUUCUGCUCAGGGAACUCCUCAUCCAGGAGCCGCAGAAGGCAAUGCAGCAGAGGGGAAUGCUGUUUUCAAAAGAAAUGGUAGGUCCUUGUGGAAUGUUAUAGCUGAUAUUGCUCGGCUUAGGUGGGGCUCCCGAGCUGGAAGCCCUGACUCGAGUGCAAAGCCCGCUGGAAAGAGUUCACCCAACGAGUCAGUUAGCAGUGCAACAUGGUUUUCUGGACGUGAGCAUGACGGAAGCAGUGAUGAUAACACAAAAGGGGAUAAAGUUUUGCCACAAGAAGCUCCUUCCCUAAAUCAGUUGGAGGUUGGUCAAACUUCUCCUAGAAGCCAAUUUGAAUAUUCCGGCACUACAAAACUGAAACAGCGAUCUGAACAGCAUGAAGGUGUGGUAUCAUCGCCAUCUUCCACAAUAUUAGAGGGUGGCUCAAUAUCCAAUCACAUGUCUUCCACAUCUGGUAAUCAAAUUGUUGGUGUGGAUGAAGAAGGCGGAAACUUUGAGUUCCGUCUUCCUGAAACAGCUUUGACAGAGGUGCCAAUGAAACUGCCUAGUCGAAACCUGAUAAGAUCUCCUGCUAUCAAGGAACCUUCAGAAUCUAGUCCCACCGAGGCACCCAGUGAUCAAAAUGUUACUGUGGGAGAAGGAAGACGCUACCCUGGAAUGGAUGCAGGUCAAAAUCCAUUAUUAUUUCCAGGUCGAAACCUACGGUCUCCUGCUGUAAUGGAACCUCCAGUUUCCCCUCCCAGCAUGAUAUCCGGCAGUAGCAGCUUAAGAGAGCAGGUUGAACAUCAACAACCUCUAAGUGCGAAGUCCCAGGAAGAAACAGGUUCUGUAUCGGCAGACUCUGCGUUGAUACAAAGGAAACUUCAGAGGAACAAACAGGUUGUGAGGGAUAGUUUUGAGGAGUGGGAGGAAGCAUACAGAGUAGAAGCUGAAAGGCGAACAGUUGAUGAAAUAUUCAUGAGAGAAGCGUUAGUAGAAGCUAAGAAGGCUGCUGAUACAUGGGAGGUACCUGUCGGUGCUGUGCUUGUUCAUGAUGGGAAGAUUAUUGCCCGGGGUUAUAACCUAGUAGAGGAGCUUCGGGAUUCAACCGCCCAUGCAGAAAUGAUUUGCAUUCGAGAGGGUUCCAAAGCACUUCGUUCAUGGAGGCUCGCUGAUACAACUCUCUAUGUAACACUAGAACCAUGCCCAAUGUGUGCGGGAGCAAUACUUCAAGCAAGGGUCAACACUCUAGUGUGGGGUGCUCCCAAUAAGCUUCUCGGAGCAGAUGGCAGCUGGAUCAGGCUGUUCCCUGGAGGCGAAGGAAAUGGAUCAGAGGUUUCAGAAAAGCCACCGCCUCCAGUUCAUCCUUUCCAUCCUAAGAUGACAAUCCGUCGCGGAGUUCUGGAAUCAGAAUGUGCUCAGACCAUGCAGCAGUUUUUCCAACUUAGGAGAAAAAAGAAAGACAAGAACUCAGAUCCAUCUACUCCUACCGAUCAUCAUCAUCACCAUCUUCCCAAACUCCUCAACAAGAUGCAUCAAGUCUUACCCUUUUUCUGUCUGUAGAACAAGUUUUGCAUCUGAUCUGUUCAAAAAUUGUAUAUUUUUCUGUCCACUGUCAUUUGUUAAAAUCUCAAGACAAGGUUGGUUCCUUGUAAUGCCAUUGAUUGUAACGUUAAGCACAAUUUCUAUAUGAACACAUGUUUUGCCUUAAAAUUUUAAUAACCAACCUCUCUUGGUAGUGAUCUAGACUCUUUACCAGUUUUAGGUCCGAAGGAAGCAUUGGUCCCAUUUAGUUGAUGAUUAACACGUUUUAUUAAAAGUGCUGAUUAUUA